GGCUAUUGUAUUAUUGUUUUGUGGCUUGUUAGUAUAAUAAUUGAGUCUUUCUUCUUUUAAAAAAAUGUUGGUAAUGUAGAUCGAAGUGUUUAGGGAAUUAACUGUAAUAAAAACCCGUCUGCCAUCUUCAUUCCGCCCGACUGAUUUUCUCUUCAUCACCUAUUCGCGGCGGGCAUCAUAUAAGGUACAACCCGUUUCCCUUCUUCAUUGCAUUCGGGUGUGUAUUUAUGCUGCGAGCAUUUAACGGGGUCUUUUUCUUCUUGGAUUUGGUUUGCCGUAUUUGGUUAGAAUCAUGGGCAAUAUGGAAAUUAGAUUCCGAGUUGGAUAUUCAUUACACUCUUAAUGGUUAAAAAGGUUGAGAAUAUUUUUUAGCACAAUCAUUUGGAAUUUUAGGUUAAAAACGACCAAUUUUUGAGCAGGUAAAUUGUAGAGAGUUCUUUGGCUUUCCUUUUAAUGGGUUGUUGUAGUGUAUCAUCUGGGAUUUUUAAUCGUUCCUCUGUGGUUAGUAAAGAAAAGAAAUUUACCAUGUUACAUGCCUUUAGUUAAUCCUUAGGCUAAAUGCAAGAUGCUUAUCAAUUUUUGGUGAAUUGAUUUUUGUUUUAGAAAACAUACUACGUACGAUGUUAUGUAUUCCUUUUUUAAUGGAUUGUUUUCUUGUCAGAUGUUUGUUUCUUGAACUUAACAUAUAGACUCCAUUGGAGUAAUAUAGUUAUUUUUUGGAACUUUUAAAACAAGAAAUCCUUUAUUGGAUAACUGCUAUUAAGAUAAAAUAAGGUUCUUAAGGUGACCAUACCCUACCAAUUUAUAGGUAUUCAAGCUGAAGUGAAAUUAAUGAUAUGACAGCUUAGUUAUUUUAGUAUAUAAUGUAGGUUUUCUAAAUGGACACUUAUUUAAGAAUGAAGGGGGUAACGUUAACUGCUCGAUUCUUAUGAUUCAGUAGAAAUAGUAUGAAUAUACUCAAGUUCAUAAUUGUUUCUUCUUUUCAGGAUCUAUCUGAAACAUAUAGAAGAUGCCAUUUUUCUUUACUCUAUUGAAUAAGUCUGCAUAACUAGGAAGAAUAAAACAAAACUCUUCUCAUAAGUUAAUUUUUGAAUUUUUUAGUGGAAUACUUCCUCCAUCCCAUAAAACAGUUCCCGCAUUGACUUGGAUCGGAGUUUAAGAAAGUGGGAAUAAAGUGGAAAUGUAUGGUUGUGGUUGAGUAAGAAAAAAGUAAAUGAAUGUGGGCCACACAAAAUUUUCCAAAAAGGGAAAUGAGAACUAUUUUUUUGGGACGGACCAAAAAGGAAACCGGGAACUAUUUUGCGGGAUGGAGGGAGUAUAAUUUAACCUCGAGUUCUAACAAUGUUCAAUAUUCUCUUACUAGAUAGUUGUAUGGGCCUUGUUCUGAACCUUGUUUAUUAAUUCUAAACAUUUAUAGGUCAAGAAAUAAAUUUCAACAGGGUAUAAUGGUCUAAAAGAUUAAUCUAUUGAAGAGCUUAUCACAUAUCGUCAUAUCGGUUAAAUGAAAUAAAAAAUGAAACCACAAGCUUUAAUACAUAGUAUGCCGUUAGAAUCAACCUGAUUCAUAGCAAUGUUGUAGGUUCCCUAUGAAAAAUCUACGGUCUACACAAUAUGUCGAGCCGUGAGCAUGUGCACACAUAAAAAACAGCCGGUUUAGGUGAUGGGUGUGCCUAAUGAGGUGAAUGAUAAAAUAGCACGAUUCAGACAUACUGUGUAGUCAAUAGUUGAACACUGAGCCAAAUACGCUAAAUAUUAAAUAUAAUUUAACAAACCAAUAUAUAGGGUUUUGGGCUACUUAUCAAGGGUGACCUUUUCAUAUCGAACUCCAAGUCUCCAACACUCAAUACAAUUCAUUUCUAUUGUGCAUGUUUCUCUGGUCACUCUUAUAGCCAAUAUGGAUUGAUGCAUUUCCAUUAAGAUUGAGUUUUUUAUUUCUGCUUCUGGUCUUGUACUCUGUUCAUCUGUUCCAAACACUUUGUCUUGAAGGAUCAUCUACAAUCUAUGUACAACAACAACAACAACCAAGCCUUAUUCCCAAAAGAUUUUGGUGUCGGUACAUCAUCUACAAUCUCUGUCUGAGAGGAAAUUAAUUUUUCAGCAUAUACUCCUUCACCGCAUAUGGUAAUGAUUGUUUAAGUGCUCAACUACCAACCAUGGAGACAAACACAGGAAUUCCCCAUUCCAAUGGAAAGCGGUCUCUCGAAGGGUGCAUAACUGUUAGAGAAACUAAAAAGCAUAUAGAGAAGAGUUCACGUACUCCUGGAUUUAUUAACCAUGCUGCAAUUUCAUGGCAGGAAAGCAGAAGCAAAUGGACAGAGGGUACAUCACAUAUGUCAAGAAGGAUUCUUGAUGAACCAAUCAUAAGUUGGUCAAUGACAUAUGAGGAGUUGCUGUCAACUAAUGAGCCUUUCGCAGAACGAAUUCCCUUACGUGUAAGCGUUUGAAGAAACGUUUCUCAACAUCAACUCUAUCAUAUUUGUCAGGGAAACUGUUAAAUUCGCCCUCACACUAUCUACUAUAUAAAAAACGUCACUGAAGCCCCUUACCCAAUAUUCACCCAAUUAAGCACAAACUUGUUAAAACACUCAAGUUAGAAGUUUAAGUUGUCAUGAACAGGUUCCCCGGUUACCAUGAUUGUGUGGAACCCUUGUGGAGCUUUUUUCGCUGAUGCAGAGCUUACAUGUCUUCUUCCUAUGCAACUAGGAAUCUUCCCAGACUUCAGCUCGUAAUUUAUCUGCAGCCUCUCUCUUUCUACUUUGUAUUAGCUUUGUGAAUUGGAAUUGCCCCAUGCAAGCGAAUAUAGCUACCAUGUUCUUCAUCAUUACCAGCCUCCAAGUCUGAUGUCACUGAUAGCUCUGCUUUAAUUCUGAUUGGCUACCAGAAGGGAUAAGAACUAAUCUUUACCAGGAGGCACCUUUUACCUGGGAGAUGCAUGCAUGCAGCAAACGACAUCCUCAAUACCUCCAGCUUCAACUGCGUGGAUGCCUCCCUAGUUGUGUAGCAACAGCGAUUCUCGACUAUCCUACAGCAACAAACUUCGGUGGUCCUUUUAUUGUUCCAAUUUCAGAUGCAGUAGGUCAUUGUCUUCAAGGUGCAGUUAUGGCAAUGCUUGGACUUGAGAGGCCCUUCAGUUCAAUUGAACUGAAAUUUCAUAUGCCCUCCCUUCCGUCAGGCAUAAAAAAUGUCUUCACUGAACAACCUCAGUUUCAAUUUCUGUUCAAUUUUACAUGCCUUCUUUCACUUUCUCUAAAUAAAAUUAUAGUUCUCCUAAACAUUCAGCAAUUGCCAUGGAUGCAUGUAAACAUUUGAUUGGGUGAUUCUUUUGAGCCUAAAAAGAGGAUUUGAGCACUUUUUAAAUUGUUCGUGGGUUCGAUGGGGGUGAUUCUUCGGUACAAGGGUUUCAUUGACAUUUUCGAUAUAUUCCUACUAGGGUUUGUUUGACAGUUUUUCCUAUUUAUUCCUCUCCGUUGUAUUUUCAUUGCUAGUAAUCUUUUAUAGAUGAACGAUGAAAACAUGAAAUAAUGAGAGAGAUAUAAUUAAAAUAAAAACAUGGACAAGAGUAUUACUAUUACUUUUAUAAUAUAGUGACUAUGAUGAUAUUUUCACACUCAUUAAAAUCUUUAUGUUGAUGUUCAAUUUUACUGUAUAGUGCUAUGAAACAUAGCACUAUGGUGAUGUUGAAUUUAACUAUAUAUUGGCAACACUUGCUAUAAUAUGAAAAGCCCCUUUUUGGUUUCUGGCCAUGUUUUUGUCCACGACUCGUAACCUUUUUUCCUGCAUUUUACAGGAGAUGGUUGACUUUUUGGUUGAUAUUUGGCUUGAUGAGGGACUUUUUGACUGAGUAACAUUUGAAUGCUGGUGGUUUAUAGCUGCUGGGCAGUUAGCUGCUAUAAUACACCUUUGACAUAUAACUCACACCAAAUCAUACCAUUAAAGUGUCGUAAUGGCUUAUGUAAUGAUCCUAAGUUCACGCGGCAUUAGAAACAUUGUUAAUAGGUUUGCUGCUCUGUGCUGACUUUUUUGUUUCAACUAUAAUGUAAUCCCAGUAAUUGUUCUUUAUUUUGUUAGUGGUCAUUAUAUAUUCUGAAAUAAUUCAACCUGAAAAUGACUUCUUUUGAGGGAUAUAUUGGAAAGAGUUCAGUA